GCCCCAGGUAAUUUCCUCCCAGACCUCCAUGGGCUUAUGUAUAAAGGCCCUCUGGAGCUGGGCCCGACAGAGUUCGGCGCCUGCAGCCCAGACCCACCCAGAACCAUGGCUGGCCCCAUGAAGCUGAUGGCCCUGCAGCUGCUGCUCUGGCACAGCGCACUCUGGCCAGUGCAAGAAGCCAGCCCCCUGGACCCUGCCAGCUCCCUGCCCCAGAGCUUCCUGCUCAAGUGCUUAGAGCAAGUGAGAAAGAUCCAGAGUGACAGCGCAGCCCUGCAGGAGAAGCUGUGUGCCACCUACAAGCUGUGCCACCCUGAGGAGCUGGUGCUGCUGGGGCACUUUCUGGGCAUCCCCCGGACUCCCCUGAGUGGCUGCCCCAGCCAGACCCUGCAGCUGGCGGGCUGCUUGAGCCAGCUGCACAGCGGCCUCUUCCUCUACCACGGCCUCCUACAGGCCCUGGCGGGGAUCUCCCCGGAGUUGGCCCCCACUGUGGACAUGCUGCAAUUGGACGUCGCCGACUUUGCCACCACCAUCUGGCAGCAGAUGGAAGACCUGGGGGUGGCCCCUGCCCUGCAGCCCACCCAGGGCACCAUGCCCACCUUCACCUCUGCCUUCCAGCGCCGAGCGGGAGGUGUCCUGGUCAUCUCCCAUCUGCAGAGCUUCCUGAAGCUGGCGUACCGCGUGCUGCGCUACCUCGCCCAGCCCUGAGCAGAGCCCUUUCCCUCCGAUGUAUUUAUCUCUAUUUAAUAUUUAUGCCUAUUUAAGCCUGUAUUUAAAGGCGGGGAAGAGAAGAACGAAGCCCCAGACUUCUGGGUCCUUCCCUCUGUCUCCAACUUUCAUUCUCCUGCCUGUGGCAGCGAGAAAAAGCUCCGUCCUCCUGUCCCCUGGACUAGGAGGUAGAUAGGUAAAUACCAAGUAUUUGUUCCUGUGACUGCUCCUGCCCUGGCUCUGCGGGGCCCUGGGAAGAGCCACAGUGAGCCCUCCCCCAAGGGUACCCACCUUGGGGCCCUCGGGAGCGUCAGAAGGUCUCCCACAUGGGAGACAAGACAUCCCUGUUUAAUAUUUAAACAACAGUGUUCCCCAACUGGGUCCUCCUACCCUCACUCUGGCCUCGGCCAUCUGUGCCAGGCCCUGCAUCCCUUGGACUCGCAAGGGCAACAGAGCUGUAGGGGGGCUGACCCUGGGGUCCCACGAAUUUGCUGGGGAAUCUAGUUUUUUCUUAAGAUUUUGGGGGCAUGUUUUGACUCCCAGCACGAGGCACUCAGGCAUCAGCGACGUUUCUCCCAUUUUUCUGGGUGGUUUUUCUCGGUGCCCUUAGGACGCCUGCCCUGCCCCCACCAGGGUCAGGACCCUGACUCUUUUUAGGGCUGGGCAGGUGGCUGGGACUGGGGAUGUGGGAGGGAACAUGUCAGGUAUGUGCGAGAGGAAGCACGACCGUGUACCUUCCACCUCUGCCCCCACUGUCUCACUGUAACCAAG